CAUUGGUGAAUUUGCCUUUCAUUCAAAGCAAGCUGGUCUUUGAAUGGCCCGUCGUGCUGAAAGCCCGACUCAAGUGUCAUUAGUUGGAUUUGUGAUCAAGUUGAAGUCUUUUCUAAACUCAAGCGAGCGUUUCUCUCUGCUCAGGCAGUGUUUCUCUCAACUUGGACUUUGGCGACGAAAUGAAGGCCUGAAAAUAUUAAAAAAGUAAGUCGUGAGUGAGCGGCAAUAAUGUCGGUUGAGGUGGACGUACUGCUGCAGGAGGCCAAGGAGAGCAUCGAGGCAGCGCAGAACUUUCGUAGUGAGCUGCAGCAGAGACUCAAUGGACUCAACCAGGCACGCAAACAGGUUCGGGGCAGCUCUGGGCAGGCUCGCGAGGCCCUCCAGAGGCAUUUUGCGGAACUGCAAGCGGCAGCCACCCGGCUGCUGUCGGAACGACUGAGCACACUCCUCACCGAGGUGGAUGCCAUUGAGGCAGAGAGCGUCAGGCCUCUGGACGACUGCCAGAGCCUCGUGGAGUACGGUGUGAGCCAGGCCGAUGAGCUCCUCAGAGAGGGGGAAGCGGCGCUACGCUGUGGUCUCGGGGAGAAAGAAGACAAACUGGGAAGCUUCACCAAGAAGGCCAUGCACAUUCAAUUGGAAAGCCUGCCCGAGGUUCCUGCCUUGGUGGACGUCCCAUGUGUGUCGGCCCAGUUCGACGACUCCCUUUUGGUUCUGCUGCGGGAGCACGUAUGCCGCCACGGUUCGGUGGCCUCACACCCGCCCGUUCUCAUUGAGGAGCUGCAGGAGAGACCCGGGAGCAUCCUAGUACGCUGGUGUAAGGUGGAUGAGGACUUUGCCGCCGCUGACUACCGGCUGCAGUACCGUCGCUCGGGCAGUGGAGGGAGCCAGUACGAGGACGCCUAUGUGGGGCACGACACCGAAUUCCUGACCCUGGGCCUGGACCCCAACACCGACUACGUUUUCAGGGUGUGUGCCCGCGGGGAGGGCCGCACUGAGUGGAGCCCAUGGAGCGUGGCGCAGACCGGAUAUACCACCAUGGAGCCGCACGCGUGGCGUGCGGGUACAGAGGGUUACAUUGUGAGCAGCAGGCGUAACAUCGCCUUGAGGAACGACUCGGCGCCGUCCAGCUGCCCUGUGCUCUACUCCAACGCACCCACCUACUUCUGUGGCCUCACACUUACUUUUAAGAUUUCCGCGACCGGUCAGCCGGACCGUCGGGACAGUUUGGGUGUGUGUGUUGAUGGAGAAAAAGGGCAACACUCACUUCAGAGAGAUCAGGCUGUCUGUAUCUCCACCAAUGGUGCCGUAUAUGUGAAUGGUAAGGAGAUGACCAAUCAGCUUCCAUCCAUCAGUCUCGGCUCAGUGGUGACGUUUGACAUGGAGGUCGUGGGCGUGGUCCCGCUCACCAACAACAACAACCACAUUAGCGGCUUGAAACUGCGCGUCACCAUUGGCUCGGGCAGCCGCGAGGUGGUUUUUGAUUGGAUGUUGGAGACGGCGGUGGACAGCCUCUUCUUCGGCUGCUCCUUCGCGCACGCUGGCUGGAAAGUGCUCGUCUUUUAAAGGAUGAUCACAGGACACAAAAGUUGUAUUUACACCUACAGUGCUAACAUCUUUUAGUUCUUUUUAAUUCCUGAAAUGGAGACUUUCCAAUUUAAGGUUCCUUUCCUCUCAAAAGUACUCCAGUCCCUUGCAGGGUCUUCUUCUGUCUCCUGGAAUAAACCCGGAAGUUUCUUUUUCCACCUAAAGUUACAGGAGCUUUUGGUCAUUGGUGCUUUUAAUUCCUGGAAUUUAACUCUUCCACUCAGUUAUGUUCAGUGCUGAAGGCCUAAAAGUUUGGCGGACGUCUCAAAAGUAUUCCCACUCAAACUAGUUUUCUUCUGGCCCCGAAAUCAUUUCAAGUUCAAGUUUGGGAACUUUUUGUCAUUUUCCUGGAACACAAAUCUGAUCAGCGAUUUAAAACUUUCAGUACUGCCCCUUUCGCAGGGUCUUCUUGUGGAGUAAGAAAAUGUCCUUAGAACUCUUAUCUUGCAGUUUUGAACACAGUCAUUUCUAGGAUAUUUUAGUCCUUGGUAUUUGGAACUUGAAGAUUUCAUUGAGGUAUGAGCCCUACCCCAAAGGUUGAUAGACGUUUCUAAAGUACUAAUCCAAUAAACCGUCAGCCUCCAGAAGCCAUAUUGUAGGACUAAUGCGUGUUAGUUUUUCUUUUUCUUAAUUGCAUCUCUCAAUAUCUCUGAAUAAACCCUUCAGGGAUUUACCAGUGAAUCCAGAAAGACAUAAAACCUGCCUUUUUUUUGUUGUCAUAAAUCAGGGACACUGUGAAAGAUGCACUUUUUCUUCGACCUUUGAGUCACACGUGCCGGUGUGAUUAUGUAGUAUGUGAUAUUGUGUAAGAUGCCAAUCAGUGGAGGACAAUCUUAUUUAAAGUACAGUAUGACUGAAUUCUGGAAAAAAAACAUCCUAUAACCAUGGACACAGUACUUCCCUUUUUUUAAAGCCAUUUCUGAGUAUUUUCUCUUUACUCAUGAACAAAAUGUGAUGUUUGAUGUUGUUCUGUGUGUUAAGGCUUCAAUGUUUUGAACUUCGAGGCCUGUUUCAGGUACAAAUUUCUCACUGAAGCUCGCCUUGUCUUCGGUCUAAUAAAUAAGACUAUUAAUAUUUUAA